AUGGCACAACUUGAAAACAGCCUUUUUUUAACGGAUAUAUUAUCAAAAGUUCGCUUCUCAUAUACGGAUGUGGGAAUCAAUUUGGAGGCGAAGGUUUCGAAUGCUACGGACCUCACUUCACUCAUUGAAGCAUUCAGUCAGAUCUGUUGCUCGUCACUGGCAAACUCAACUGUAACACCAAACAAUGCUAGGAACGAACCGACGAAUAGAAUUGUUCUAUCUCGAAAUAAAAGCAAUCAAUUAAAACCGGUGAACUUCUUCAAGUCAGCUUGUCAACUGGGAAUCAUAGCAAAUCCUCAUUCUAGCCUUGAGACUUUCUCUGAAUUGAAGCAAAUUGCCGAUGCUUGCGUGGAUACUUUCUUUUUAUGCAAAGUGAGGUUCAAGCCGAUAAUCCAAAAGGACGAGUUUAUUCGUUGGUAUAGAAUGCAGGAAAAUCCUCUUGAUACGUUAAUCGUCAAUGCAAUGUGCUCUUACGUCUUUCGACACAUGGUGAUACAUCAUCCACGACCUGCCUUCAAACAUUUCUUACAGGAUUUGGAUAAAGUACAAGAACAGGAGGAGUACUUUUUUAGUUGCGCUAGAGAACGGUUGGCGCAAUCAUUUGACACACCCGAUCGAUAUACGGUUAUCGCUCUCCUAUUCAUGAGCACACGAGCAGAGCCAUCAAAACGCCAUCAUUAUGCUGGAAUGGCUGUUACAGCUAUGCAUCAACUUGACAUUUAUCCUCGUAUGGUGCAUGAAGAGCCAGAUUCGUACGAAAAAGAGAUGGAUACACGUCUUUGGUGGUAUCUCUGGGCUGUAGACUUUUCCAUUUGGACUGCGGGUUCGCCAAAAAAUAGUCCCCAGCCAAAGCAUCCUGGCGAGCCAGAUUUACCCUUGGUGUUUGAGGAGGAUAUCGAUGAGAGUGAGAUUAAUGUUAUUACGUUCAGCCAUUGCCUCAAACUCUGGAGGAUUCAGAGUAAUAUAGUCUCAGCACUAUAUGAUCAGCAAAACAGUGAAACGAUGACAGUGGAGCAGCUCUAUGAAUUCGAUAAAAAACUACAACAUUUUUACAAUCAACUACCCAGCUACUUAGUGUUGGACAGUGGGUUUGAAUAUGGCUGUGAAGACUUAUUUUUGUCCUGCCUUCGAGUUAAUAUUGAAUAUAAUGCUACCCGUAUCAUCUUACAUAAGCUUUUUAUACCAGAAAUGAACGACACUGCACCAAACCAGUCUUCGCUAGACUCACUGAAUAUCUGUUUAUCCACAGCUUUAACACAGUUGAGUGCCAUCAAAACUUGUAAUAUGGGUGAUGUUGGUCGAUGUGCCUUUGAUCGUGAUGAACUAUGGCGAGCUGCAGAAGUUGUCUCCGUCGCUAUGGAUAUAUACCACAAUUGCUUGUCCCUGGAGGCUAAGCAAAGAAUUUUGACAAACAUCAAAAUGGACGACUUCAAUCGAGCACUCCAGAAAUCAUACGAAGUUUUGAAGAACACACGAGAAUUUAGAUUUUCUUGCAAAAACUGGUUUCAGGUAGCAGAUUGGAUUCAAGCAGAGUUACAACGACAUCAAUCCAAGUACAACAGCAGCAUACACGAUUACCAUCUUCCUGAAGAGCCCACUAAAGUAAAUAAACCUGACUUUUUCUUGGCACAUCUCAAACCUACUGCAACUUUGAAUAGUCGAAGUAAUAAGCCAGCUGUUACAAAAUCCGCUAAUAAUAAACCUCGACAAAAAUCUAUUACUUUUCAAAAUCAUUUCAGUAUGCAUUCAUCUUCUUUUGCUUCAUCAGUCAAACAACAACCCACUACUAGUAAUAAUGAUACCCGAAGAAUGUCUUCUUCAUCUACACAACUUAUGGAGUACAAUCCUGACGUUCUUCCGAGUCAUACUCAGCAACAAAAACAAUUUAGUAACAAAACUUCUGCAAGAUUUCGUUACUUUAAUCCACGCAAAAUGAACAAGUUUUUAUUUAUUGAUGAGCAUCCCAUGCUGUAA